AUGCCCGCCGCGGCAUUGGCCUCCGCGUUCGCGUCUCCUCCUCCGCCGUGGGCCCCACGACCGCCUCCUCGCCACGCAAGCCUCCGCCUGCCCCCGCCAAGGAGCAGCGGCAGCGGCGGCGGAGGAGGGGACAAGCCCACCACCUCGUGGGUCAGCCCCGACUGGCUCACGUCGCUGUCUCGCUCGGUGCUCGGCCGGGGGAACGACGACUCGGGGAUCCCCGUCGCCUCCGCCAAGCUCGACGACGUGCAGGACCUCCUCGGGGGCGCGCUCUUCCUCCCGCUCUUCAAGUGGUUCCGCGAGGAAGGGCCCGUCUACCGCCUCGCCGCGGGGCCGCGCGACUUCGUCAUCGUCAGCGACCCCGCCGUGGCCAAGCACGUCCUCCGCGGGUACGGCACGCGUUACGAGAAGGGGCUCGUCGCCGAGGUCUCCGAGUUCCUCUUUGGCUCUGGGUUCGCCAUCGCCGAGGGAGCGCUCUGGACGGUGAGACGUAGAGCAGUUGUACCAUCUCUACACAAAAGAUUUCUCUCAGUAAUGGUUGAUAAAGUGUUCUGUAAAUGUGCUGAGAGAUUGGUGGAAAAGCUCGAGACUUAUGCUUUGAGCGGUGAACCUGUUAAUAUGGAAGCGAGGUUUUCUCAAAUGACGUUAGAUGUGAUUGGUUUAUCCUUGUUCAACUACAACUUUGAUUCCCUCACAUCAGAUAGUCCUGUUAUUGAUGCUGUUUACACUGCACUCAAAGAAGCAGAGGCUCGUUCUACAGAUCUUUUACCAUACUGGCAGAUCGAUUUGCUGUGCAAGAUUGUUCCUAGACAGAUAAAAGCAGAAAAAGCAGUUAACACAAUAAGGAGUACCGUUGAGGAGCUAAUCAUAAAAUGCAAGGCCAUCGUAGAUGCUGAAAAUGAACAGAUUGAGGGUGAAGAAUAUGUAAAUGAGGCAGAUCCUAGCAUCCUGCGGUUUUUACUUGCUAGCCGUGAAGAGGUCAGCAGUUUGCAGUUACGUGAUGAUCUAUUGUCAAUGUUAGUUGCUGGUCAUGAAACGACAGGCUCUGUACUGACAUGGACUAUUUAUCUUCUCAGUAAGGAUCCAGUAGCACUAAGGAAAGCUCAAGAAGAGGUAGAUCGUGUUCUACAAGGUAGACUCCCCAGAUAUGAAGAUGUAAAAGAGCUGAAGUACUUGAUGCGCUGUAUCAAUGAGUCCAUGCGGCUAUACCCACAUCCUCCUGUGCUGAUACGGCGUGCACUAGUUGAUGAUGUGCUUCCUGGAAACUACAAGGUUAAGACUGGUCAAGAUAUUAUGAUUUCUGUGUACAAUAUACACAGAUCACCCGAGGUAUGGGACAGAGCAGAUGAAUUCAUUCCAGAGAGAUUUGAUUUGGAGGGUCCCAUUCCAAAUGAGUCAAACACCGAUUUCAGGUUUAUCCCUUUCAGUGGAGGCCCUCGAAAAUGUGUUGGAGAUCAGUUUGCUCUUUUAGAAGCAAUUGUGGCACUUGCAAUUGUCAUACAAAAGAUGGACAUUCAGCUUGUGGCAGAUCAAAAAAUCAGCAUGACCACUGGGGCCACUAUCCAUACAACCAAUGGAUUGUAUAUGAAUGUAAGUCUGCGUAAAGUUGAGCAAGAAGCUGACUUAGCACUGAGAUUGCCAAGAAGACCUCUCACUAGUUUUCUUUAG